AUGGCGGUGCAGCCCUGUGCGCGGCCGGCCUCGGAGCUCUGGGGGGAGCGCGUGGGGACGUGGGGGGCCGUGGGUUUCGCGGGGCUGGGGGCGGCUGAGGGGCGCCAGGCCCAGGGCGAGGGGGCCCGACCAGCCCCGGCCUGCCAGCCAUCAGUGACCUUCAAAGAUGUUGCUGUGGACUUCACCAGAGCAGAAUGGGAGCACCUGGAUUCUUCUCAGAAAGAUCUCUACAGAGAUGUCAUGCUUGAGAACUAUAAGAACCUCGUCUCCUUGGGGUUUCAAAUUUCCAAGCCCAAAGUGAUCUCCAAGUUAGAAAGAGGAGGUGCACAAUGGAUGCUUGGGAGGAAAGUUCCAAGAAGGCCCUUUCCAGGUCGCCUUUGUCAGAAGAGUAGGGGUAAAAGCAAGGAUUCUGCUCCAAAGCAGUGUAAUUAUAUUUCAUUAAAGAAAAGACUUAUGGUGAAUAGUAAUGAAUAUGUUGACAUCUUAAGACAAAACAGAUACCUUAGUGGACAUCAGAAAAUUCGUACUGGAAAGAAACUCUAUAAAUGUAAUGAAUGUGAAAAAGCCUUCAACUCCAACUCAAGCCUUACUGUACAUCAACGAAUUCAUACUGGAUUAAAACCAUAUAUGUGUACUGAAUGUGGGAAAGCCUUCAGCCAAAAAGGAAACCUUACAAAACAUAAAAGAAAUCAUACUGGAGAGAAAUCCUAUAAAUGUAACGAAUGUGGAAAAGCCUUCAGAGACAGAGGAUACCUUUCUAUUCAUCAAAAAAUUCAUACUGGAGAGAAAUCUUAUAAAUGUAAUGUAUGUGGGAAAGCCUUCAGCCAGAAAGGACAUCUUACUGUACAUCAGACAAUGCAUACUGGAGAGAAAUCCUAUAAAUGUAAUGAAUGUGGAAAAGCCUUCAGCCAGAGGGGCAGCUUUAAUAUACAUCAGAAAAUUCAUACUGGAGAGAAAUCCUUCAAAUGUGAUGAAUGUGGAAAAGGUUUCAUUGACAGAGGAAAUCUUAAUAAACAUUAUAAAAUUCACACUGGAGAGAAAUCCUAUAAAUGUAAUGAAUGUGGAAAAGCCUUCAGCCAGAGAGGAAGCCUUAAUAAACAUCAUAAAAUUCAUACCGGAGAGAAAUCAUAUAAAUGUAAUGAAUGUGGGAAAGCUUUCAGCCAGAGAAGUUACCUUACAAUACAUCAGAAAAUUCAUACUGGAGAGAAAUCCUAUAAAUGUAAUGAAUGUGGGAGAGCCUUCAGGCAGAAGGGACAUCUUACUGUACAUCAGAGAAUUCAUACUGGAGAAAAACCCUAUAAAUGUAAUGAAUGUGGGAGAGCCUUCAGAAAGACUGGACACCUUGCUGUACACCAGAGAAUUCAUACUGGAGAAAAUCCUUUUCAUACAGUGAAUGUUGAAAGACUUCAAUCACAAGACAUUCUUUAUUUAUCCUGAUAGUUCAUGAAAGAUAGAAACUUUCAGUGUAAUGAAUGUGGAAGAGUUUUCACUCAAAGUGAAAAAAAUUACUGAAUGUUUAAUCAUAGAAUUAGAGGGUUUAGAGCAGAAAGUGACUUUUGAAAUCAUGUAUUCUAAUUCUUUGAUUUUUAUAGCUGAUAGGAUAUUCGGGCUAGAAGCAAACUGAGCUCUUCACUGUCACUCAGGUAGUAAAUUAGCAGAUCAAGGAUUGGAACUGAGAUCUGAGCCAAAUCCAGUUUUCUUUCCAUUACACCUCGCUGACCUCAGAAUUCAUAUCAGAGAGAGAACCUCCGAAUGCAAAUUAUGGGCUUGUCUUCAGAAGCAAUUCCUGCUUAGUCCACAAAGAAUUUCAGAAUUGGAAAUGGCCUCAGCAGUUAUUCCAUGUAACCCAAACCUUAAAAAGAAUGUACUACAAGGAGUAGCUCAGGGGCCAGCAUGCAUAAGCAGCAAAAUGAGAUGUUCUGGUAAAUGAAAGGCAAUAGUUAUAUGUGUAAUGUAAAUGUAAAAUAUUGUUUGUGCAUUUUUUUUGAAGCAUGGUGCUUAGAACUCAUACAGUGCUGUAAAUGUACUCCUAGCACUCCAAAAUUCAAUGGAACUCUGACCUCCUUUUUCAUGGCAGCUCUGUCUUGUAGUAUACGAUAAUAUUAACUGUUUUACUUGUCAUAGCAAACUGUUGGCCUAUUGUGAGUUUGCAGACCAUUAAAAUCUUCAGAUCUCUUGCUUACA